AUGUCUUAAGAGAGAGAAGAAAUAUUAUAAAAAGAGAUAAAAUCUGUUUAAGAUAAAAAUGAUAGAAUAUCUCUUGACUAAAAAAUAAAGAAAUUACCUGUUUUCUAAAAAAAAUACAUAUAUAGAAUAGAAACAAUUCCUAACUAAAUGAGUCCACGCUAAGACCUAAAGGUACUCCUUUCUAUGGAGCAUCCUGGUCCUAAAAAUUAGUCUCCAGACCUCACUUUUCCCUUUAUAUUAUAUAAUUAAUUAUUAUUAAGUAAUUGA